AUGCUUGCAAGUGUUGAGCAGGGUGUGGAGGAUGAGAGUGAAAGUAAGUUUGUUUCAGGGUUAAACUCAAGAAAGGACUUUGGUGAUCAAAAUAUUGCUGGCCAACAUGUGACUGAAAAGAUAAAAUUAGAAGAUGAUGUGCAUUAUAAACCUUCUAGUUCCAACAGAGGAGCUCAACAGACUAAAGAUUUAUUGUUCCUGAAGGAUCUAAAUGGGACCGAUAGGUCACAACAUAGUGAUUUGAAACUUCCUAUAACUUUACACCCACUUCCACCUGGAAUCAAACUUCAACUUCAAGGAUCAUCUUCCACAUGUGACGUGGUCAAAUUUGCCAAAUUAUCUGGACCACUAGCGUCAAACAAUCUGGGUGACAUCAGGUUACAAACACAAGUGGAUCCAUCCUUGAAGAUCAAUACUAUAAAUGUUCCCCUUACUGUCCCUCCUACAGAAGCAGAAAUCAAUGAUAUGCCACCCUCCAAAGACAGAAGUGGCCAUAUAAAACGGCCAAUGAAUGCAUUUAUGGUUUGGGCACGGAUUCACAGACCAUCAUUAGCCAAGGCAAACCCCAAUGCUAAUAAUGCUGAAAUCAGUGUCCAACUCGGCCUGGAGUGGAACAAGCUGACUGAAGAACAGAAGAAACCCUACUAUGAUGAAGCACAGAAGAUAAAAGAGAAACACAGGGAAGAAUUUCCUGGAUGGGUGUACCAGCCACGACCAGGGAAAAAAAAACGAUUUGCACUGGGUGUUCCUUCAAAUGUCUUUCCUGGAAGUGGUCAAAAUAUUGUUUCGACAACUCCAGCAACCAUUUACCCCUAUCGGCCUGCAACCUACUCGGUAGUUAUUCCGAAUUUACAGACCAAUGUCAACCGUCCAUCAGUUAUUGGUCAAAGCCAGUCUCUGCGCAUGCCAGUUGCUCAAGGUCCUCGUCCAAAUUCAAUUAUACUUUAUCCACAAACAAAUCCUGUCCAGGUUGGCCUGCCUACGCAAAACAUAUCCAGUCACCCCACUGUGCCAGCCACUUGUCCUCCAGGACACAGUAGGAGUGAGGUCCAUCACGAGGUUCCUGGUCCAAGUGCAGUGUCAAAUUGUUCAGAGCAAAGGAUACCUACGAUGCCAGUGGAUGUUAGCAAAAGAAGUUCUACCAAUGAAACUAAUAACACCCACAACAGAGGUACCAUACCUGAAGUACCGGCACAAAAGGAGAUACCCACUGUUUCCAACUGCCCGAGAAAUCCACCACCAAUGCCUUCAGCAACUCUUCCACAUCCACAUGCUUACCAGCAUCCACCCAUGGGGCAUGCUGCUAAUUUGUUUGGAGCUGCUGCCCGAUUUCCAUUUCACCAUCCUUAUUUCUUGCCUGGACCACCCUACUUCCCUUCAAGUACUUGUCCUUACAGUAGACCACCCUAUGGUUAUGGCGAUUUUGCAAACAGCAUGUCUGAAUGCCUAGGCUACUACGAGGACCGAUACCAGAAGCAUGAGGCUAUGUUCUCUGCACUGAAUAGAGAUUACCCUUUUAGGGAAUACCCAGAUGACUGUCAACGCAACACGGACUCCAGGAGCAAUAGCAGCAUUGAGGAAGGACUCCACUCUAACAACCUGGGAGGAGAAGAGUACCUGAACUCCGUGCCACAGUUAGACGUUGGAGCACUGGAAAAUGUCUUCACAACCCCAAUGUCUGCUCCAUCACAGCCACAAAGAGUGGAGAUGGUCCACAGUGAUGAUGAACAAGAAGGCAAAGUAUUAAAAAGCUUGUAG